GGACGCCGCUCGCCGGAGUUGCCAGGCGAUGCUGAGCCGCGGCGAGGAGUAGCUGCAGCGCCAGGAGGAGGGCGAGGAGGAGGAGGAAGGGAGCGGAGUCCCAGCAGCCAUGGACGACCAGGGCUGCCCCCGCUGCAAGACCACCAAGUACAGGAACCCCUCCCUCAAGCUCAUGGUCAACGUCUGCGGCCACACGCUCUGUGAAAGCUGCGUGGAGCUGCUGUUUGUCCGAGGGGCUGGGAACUGCCAAGAGUGUGACACCCCUUUGCGGAAGAGCAACUUCAGAGUGCAGCUCUUUGAGGACCCAGCUGUUGACAAGGAGGUGGAAAUCCGGAAGAAGGUGUUGAAAAUAUACAACAAAAGAGAGGAUGACUUCCGCAGUCUAACGGAGUAUAAUGAUUUCCUAGAAGAAGUUGAAGAAAUUGUGUUCAACCUAACCAACAACAUUGAUGUAGAAAACACAAGAAAGAAGAUGGAGAUGUAUCAGAAAGAAAACAAGGAAGUCAUUCAGAAAAAUAAGAUCAAACUGUCCCGAGAGCAAGAGGAGCUGGAAGAGGCUCUGGAGGUUGAGCGGCAGGAAAGCGAGAUCAGGCGGCUUCUUAUACAAAAGGAGGGGCAAAUGCAACAGAUGCUGAAGAGGAAGAACAAGCAGGACCUUCUCGAUAAGCUGGAAAGUUCUCAUCUGCCUGCUUCUUUGCUGUUGGCCCAGCACAAGGACAGGUCUACCCAACUCGAAAUGCAACUGGAGAUUCCCAAACCAGUCAAGCCAGUUGCAUUUUCAACUGGCAUCAAAAUGGGUCAGCAUAUUUCGUUGGGACCUGUUCCAAAGAUCGAGGAAGUGCUCUACGAAUAUCAGCCAUUGCAUGUGAAGACCUACGGGCCGCCAGUUCCAGAUAUUGAAGUGUUGGGGAAAUUUGGGUAUCUAAACCACGUCCGAGCCGCCUCCCCACAAGAUCUCGCUGGUGGCUAUACUUCCUCCCUUGCCUGUCAUCGAGCCCUUCAAGAUGCCUUCAGCGGGCUAUUUUGGCAUCCUGGCUAGGCUGGGAGUAACAGACACUGGAGCGGAGCGAGCAAAGCAAAAAACUUCAGGUGAAAAUUGCUGCCGUCUGCACUCUGGCCAGGCUGCCGUCUGUCUUUCCUUCCUUUUUUGUGUGUGAAGCCAGCUGCGCAUAAAUAUUAAAAACAUGAUGUACAGAAACUUUCUUUUUAAAAUGGUGGUCAUAUUUCUUUUUCACUGGUGGAAUGAGGGUAAGGGUGGGAAAGGCUCUAGUCACUUUGCAGCUAGAGGCUAAUGGAAGAGAAUGAUUUUGUUUUGUAUGUUUGAGGUUUCAGAACCAGACUUGUAAAAGAUUUUUAAAAUAAAGUUAGAUCGUUGUUAUUAAAUUCUGCAGAUUCUGCUGCUGCACUUCAGGGUUUUAUUUGCACAAGCACUGAAAUGCUACUUUUAUAUAUUGUAGCUCUGCAUUAAGCGCAAAGUUCUUUCAUCUCCAUAACACUGGCUUCUCCUAAUGCAAGCAAAUGGGGGUUUCCUUCCUUGAAGUACGAUACAAGAACCGGAUAUGGGACUGAUUUCUAAUUCAUUCUACUUUGCGUUCUGAAUUAUGUAAGUUAGAAUGAUUGUGCCGCAGAAUGCAGCAGCUCUAUUAGGAACGUCUUAUCUUUCCUGCUGUAGAAUAAAAUUGCAAGGGUGUCAUCAUGCUGCAGUUUGCAUGGCUGCCUAUAUGAUAUAUUGCCUAUAUGACAGAACAGUGGUGGGGGCAGGCAAGCCACAGAGGAACAGCCAGGACAGGGCAGGGCAGCUUCUUUGCCAAUCAUCAUGCUCACGACAAUGCCACUGUCAUUUUGAAAAGAUAUCUAUCCAUAUUCUUCAAAUAAAUAUUUUGAUACUAUAUACUAUACUAAACUGAAAUGUUCAAAUGUUUCUUUGUCCUUGAAUCUUCCUGCCACACCUGCCUUCCUCCCCUCACACCAGUGUGCCACACCACACCCUUUGAGAACCACUGAUUUAGACAGAACUUUGGAGAGUUGCAAGUGCUUUGUAGCCCAAUGCCUGAAUUCAUGGCGGUUGCAACUUCCUGAUUUGCAAUCCAGUCUCUUAGCCACAAUCCUAUACCACUAAAUAUGCUAAUUUUAAUUCAGUGGAAUGAUGCAUAGCGUCGGAAGGACAAGCACCCAAAGGAUUCUCUCCCUCUCCCUCUCCCCUCAACAGAACAGAAAAGCUAUUCAGUCUGCAGCUUGCAUCAUAACCUCGUAAUUGUACCAGUUGUUCUUUUCUCCCAGGGAAUACAAUAAAUUGCAACUCAGCCACUCCAAUGCCUGUUUGGAAAGUUCUUGCUUCUUCACAAACAGCAAAGCAGCUGCUUGGUUUGUUUUAUUAUAUUGUACAUUGCUUUGAAAUCGAUGAAAUUAUAAAAUAAAUGAAUGAAAUAAAUUUAAUGACGACAAUGAGUUACUUCGGACAGCCAUCCAGGCAGCACCUAAAUGUGCCUUUCGACAUUUCUCAGGCAAGGCAGAUUGGUGUAGAUAAGCACUGUGUUCAGAGUGACUGCUGAUUUCAAUUUGGGAUGAUGAUGUUUAUUUAUUUCAAUGACUUUUACAGCCUGCUUUCUCCCCACAAAAACCUCAAAAGUGGCUUGCUCAAAAAUAAAAUUCACUACUAAAAAUAACUAUAAUAUUUAAAAUAUAAAACACAGCAGCAUUAAUACCAACAUUUAAAAAUAAUUUUACAGUGCUCUCUGAAACAAAAUAAAAAGGGGGUGGGGAGAGAGACUUUCAGCAUCUAUCGAAAGAUGUGAAGUGAAAAAUUUGGAUAAAUUUCCCAGAGACAAUUCCAAAGUUAUAUUUCUCUCUUUGGUGAUCACUCGUAGCAGAGUAAGAUUGUCUUCCAUAAACAUGGUUUUAACAAUGGGUCCGUAAGUGACUGUGGAGGCCAAUUCUGGAUCCACACGUCCACCCACAGUGGGGACAUUGGUUUCCAGGCGGGAGUUGAUCACGGUGUGGAUUUGCCAAGCGUGCCUUCCUCUUAGCACGUUUCUCCCUUGCGUCCUGAGAUUGAGUUUCUUCAAAGCCCAUGGCACCUUUGUCUACUAACAACAGGCUAGAGAGCAGGUCCUCUGAUGCCAAGCUGAAGACCCAGGCAGGUUCACAUAGUUCAAGGUGGUCCUUUAAAAAAAUCUAGUUCUGGGUCAUUAGAGGGCUUUAAAGGCUUACAGCAGCACUUCCACACUGUGUGUGUUGCGGAGAGAACCAGUUGGCUUGGGUAGGUCUGGGUUGCGGAAGUAGACCCAGAAUGUGUUUCUGUCAUGAUUCAAACAUGGGCAGGGCUGGGAUCCAGAGUCAGCUUUAGUUGCACUCUUUCUGUAGUCUAUAUCCCAGCUGGGAGCCCACUGCCAAUUCCUGGUGCUCCCUUGACCUGCUGCUGCUGCUGCCACCUUGGUCACCUGUUCAUCUGGCAUGAACACAGUGAUGGCCUGGGUUUCACCUCAUAAGAUAACCUGCUUAGGAGAUGGUCAUGUUUAUCUGUUUAUUCAAUUUAGACCCAGCCUUUCCUCCUGAAGCAGCCCAGGGGCAGGAACAGGUGUUGUUUCAAGGCUACCAAAGACACAGGCUGUUUCACCUGGUUCCUUUAAC